CAGGCCAGCCCUCCAUCGUGCUCAUCGUUCUCUCUUGUUGAAGUUCGCCGUGUAAAUUGUAAAGCUCGGCGAAGGGGGUUUCGAUCCUUCUAAUAUGAACUUAAACACAGUUUUAAUGACAAUGGAAUGCUCCAUCAAAACAAAAAUAUUCUGGUGAGGUGUGUGAUUGAGUCGAGUUGACUCUCAAUGGGGAAGGAGGGUGAUCUCUGGGAUGAUUCCGCUCUUAUCUCUGCCUUUGAUCGGGCUAUCUCUACUUACAAGAUAAUGCACAGCAGCAAAAACACAAAUAACUCAGCUGAGACAAAGCAAAUGACUAGCAGCAUUGGAGAAAUUGAUUCUAAGUCUAGUAAUGUUUAUGAAAAUCUUGAGACUAAAAGUAAUGCUGAUGAGAUAAGCAGCAUUCCAGGUAAUGCAUAUCCAGGAGAGACUGAUAAUGGUUCAUACCUGGAAGAAAAUUGUCAUGCAGAUUCACAAGUAGCCCCACCUUGUCCAGACUCAUUAGCUGGUCAAAACAUGGGACACUCUGUGGAUGGGCAUAACAGCUAUUCACAUACACAAGGUGUCGAUAAUUAUAAUCGAUUAGUUGGUCAGUACUAUGAGCUUGAGGAGCAGCAACAGAAGAUUUUAGAGCAACUUAAUCAAUACGGUGGAUGGAAUUGCCAAUAUACUGAUUCUGUUUUUAAUUCUGGUGUACCGCAUUCUAAUUCCCAGAGUUGUUCCAUGUCUGCAUGCCACGUUUCUGAUCCAAAUGUGCUCUGUUCAUGCUGCCCAUGUUGUAGUCAAUGCUUGUUGCCUCCAUGUACAUCAGUACCUCUUUGUUCCUUGGGUGGAACUUCUGUUGGCAAACCUUGUAAUAAUUAUUCUGUAAUGAAGUGUCUUGAAAAGUCAUUUCCAAAUGAAGAUGAUAAAAUCCUUAAAAUAGCAAUGGGAGUUGCUGAGAGGGCAAUGUCUACCAUUAGAACAACCAUUUCUGGUGAUUCUGAUAAAAAAGAAGAGAUAGAGCGAACCCACUCUGAACUGGAUCAACAUAAUGGCUCGGAAACAGAUCUUACAGUUGUUUUGAAUGCUUGGUAUUCUGCUGGCUUCUACACUGGAAAGUUCCUCACUCAACAAUCCAUUGCAAACAGGAGGCGGGAAUCAUAAUGCUCGCAAGAACUCAUGUGAAGGCAAAAAGGGUUGUAAUACAAAACCCUAGUGGCAAGCGACUGUUACAAGUCUGCAUAUUCUCAGAAUUUAGAGAAUGUUGGUUUUCAUAGAUGCCUUUUUUUCAGUAUUUACUUGGCAUGAAUCCUUUGGUGAAAAUUUGGGACCUAGAAAUGCAUCGAUCUGGGCCAUGUUUGGCUUGUUAAUGGAGAACACCCCCACCACUCCCUUCAUUUGGAGUGUACAUGUGUAGCAGUCAUCACGCCUAACCAAUCUUUCAUUUCUCAAACCAUUUAGAUUUCCUCUUAGUGAGGGAAGCAGAGGAAAAAGCAAGUGAAUUGAAUGGAAAUUGAGGCCCCGUUUGUUAAGCAAGAAUGAUUUCCUUUUUGCAUCUUA